AUGGCGACAGAAACAGUCCAUUUUAAGCUAUACCGCUAUGACCCAUCGAUGGCUGCAGCGAUUCUAUUCACAAUCCUAUUUUUCUUCAUCACAAUCCUGCAUCUCUACCAAAUGCUGCGUACCGCACCUGGAUCCUCAUCUCCUUCGUCCUCGGCGGCGUCUCGAGCCAUCUCGGCCCACGAAUCCCCGAACUGGUCCGUGGCAGUAUACUCUCUCCAAACCAUUCUACUACUCGUCGCACCCGCGUUAUUCGCAGCGAGCGUGUACAUGAUGCUCGGCCGAAUCAUCUUAGCCACCGACGGCGAAGAAUACGCGGUUAUACCCAGGAACUGGCUUACGAAGACGUUUGUUGCGGGGGAUGUCGUGUCAUUUUUGAUGCAGGAUGGUGGUGGUGGUAUCAUGGCAAGCGGAACCAUUACGGCUGUGCAUACUGGUGAGAAGAUUAUUAUAGCUGGGUUGGUAGUGCAGCUUGUUUCCUUCGGGUUUUUCGUGGUUGUUGGAGUUGUUUUCCAUAUUAGGUUACUGCGUGAGCCCACUGCGAAACUGCACUCACAGCCUAUACCGUGGAUAAGGCAGCUUGGGACACUCUAUGGGUCUAGUUUACUUAUUCUUGUGCGGUGCGUUUUCCGGCUUGUGGAGUAUGUGCAGGGGAGGAAUGGGUUUCUGUUGGAGUGGGUGAACCCUACGCAUAGGGAAGAAGUUGAGGAUUGA